ACUUAUCGUGGUCGCGUCCUGGAUAGCGUGGACACCUUUAAGAUAUGGCUAGCCUCAGAAGAUGCAGAUACUCUUGCUGCCGCAUUGAUUUUACAAUCAAGAUCAGCACUAACAUUGAAUCAACUUUUUCCUUCUCAAUUUAAGUCUAUCUCUGAUUGCAUAUCCUUUCUGACAACAGCAUUUCCUACUUGGGAAAAGUCUUUGGCAUCUCAAUCCGAGUUAACAAAAAUUAUUAUUGAUUCUUCAUCUAGGAAGGAUUCUCAAAGACGGGAGUUGAAUUAUUUUUUAUCGAAUUCUAGGAUCUUUAACCACAAGUUUAUUGCCUAUGCAGAUGCCAGUAUUCGUUUGGGAGAAAUCGCUCUCGUGUCUAGCCAACUUCAAAAGUACAGAGAAGCAUCUCGGAGUGCUGAUGGCCUUAAGAAGGCCUGUCUCGUCUUACAUCCCCAAGCAUUUGAGAUUAUUGCUCGCAGUUAUGCUCAUUCUGUAAGAUUUGCUUAG